CCAAUACUCGCAUUGUUUGCUGUUGUCUGCAGCGCAAUUUCAUGUUGCAUGCAGCCAGAAAAUUUCCACUGCUACUGUUCUGUUCUGCUACCCCAUUUGCAAGAUGUCACAAGUUUACCUACUGCCGGUAGCCGUAUUCUUGGUGUUCCAGGUGACCUUUAUUGGCACAUACAUUGCCGCGGUCCUGGAAGGUCACGUCGUUCCCACGGUGCCGUAUAUAAGUGAUGCUGCCACCUAUUCGCCCGAGAGCUGCGUGUUCGGCCAACUCAUUAAUAUCGGCAGUGUUCUGUUAGGAAUUACCAUCUAUGUGCGCUACAGACAAGUGAUGCAGUUGUACGAGCACCAUCCCGAUCUGGACAUCGCUGUGAAGCGUCACAGUCGCGUGGCGUUGUGGUGUGGAAUGCUGUCCUGUCUGGGCAUUAGCUUCGUGGGCAACUUCCAGGAGACAAAUGUGCGCAUUGUGCACUUCAUUGGCGCUUUCUGCUGCUUCGGCUGCGGCACUCUCUACUUCUGGAUGCAGGCGCUCAUUUCGUACAUGAUUUAUCCCAUGUCUGGGACUCGAAUUUACGCCCAUCUGCGUCUGGGUAUGUCCGUCUGCUGUACGAUACUCUUCAUCCUACUUUCCGUGACCGGGCUCAUGUCACACAUCCUAUUCAAGGGGCAGAACCCCAGGAAAUGGUAUCCUUCGGACGGUGGCUGGUACUUUCACGUGAUCAGUAGCAUUUCAGAGUGGAUCAUUGCGACCAUAUUUAGCUUUUUCAUUCUGACAUUUACCACAGAGUUCCGCGAUAUCUCGCUCUCGCAUCCCCAUAUUGCAUUGAUGUCCUACUCUACAACAAUUUAAAAUUUAUUGACCGAGUAUUACUUGGAUGAGAGAAGCCAGUCAAUUUGACAUGUUGAUUCAGCAUCCAUCUCUCUAAAAUAAAAUUAGGAAUGAUUCCCCCAUA